AUGGCCAGCUUCAUGGCCAACCUCUUUCCCGGUGGGAGUAAGGACAAGAACGUUACCGGCCGCCCCAAGACUCCCACAUACAGCAAUCAUGACUUCCUCAACCCUCCCAACACCCCGCAAGGCAGUCCCAGUAAAAAGACGGUUCCUCCUGGCGCUCACGAACUUCCCGAGGCCUUCGAAAACGCACUCAGACUCAAUGCUGCCUCUACUCUCGAGAGUCCUGUCAAGCUAGGUCGCCCUCAGAGUGUUAUCACAACCCCACUGUCGCCGGGCAAAUCCUCCGCGAAACCACUAGACGAGUCCAGCCCGAAUGUGGAAGACAGCAUCCUUAAUCGAACCGCCGUCUCGGCCGGCAGUCCCCUGAAGAAGCGGCAGGAACAAGAGAACACCCCUCCCGCUUCGCACCUGGGAGGCGGCGGUACGAACUCUCCUGCGCCCCUGACCCAUGCCGCCCUUGCCCGCCACGAUUUCUACCAGCCCCGGGAUACUAGGCCGACCACACCCGCAAAGAGGUUCAACACGCAACGGGCCUUGACUGCCGAAGAGCGGGAAAUUCUCAAGCAACCCAGCGUUCGCAGGCUAGUCAACGUGACGCAGCUUUAUUUUCUGGACUAUUAUUUCGACCUCCUCACGUACGUCGGUUCGCGGCAGAGUCGUCUGGCUGCUUUCCGAGCCGAGUUCCCCCAAGACGAGACGGAUGAAGAGACGUACAAACAGAUGUGGCAGAAAUACACGGGACGGGAGCGUGCCAAUCUUCGCAAGAGGCGGGUCCGGCUGCGUCAGGGUGACUUCCAGAUCCUCACACAGGUUGGACAGGGAGGCUACGGCCAGGUGUUCCUUGCCCAGAAGAAGGAUACCCGUGAAGUGUGUGCCCUGAAAGUCAUGAGCAAAAAGCUGCUGUUCAAGUUGGAUGAGAUCCGCCACGUUCUCACCGAGAGAGACAUUCUCACCACAGCAAAGAGCGAGUGGCUCGUCCGGUUGCUAUACUCCUUUCAAGACGACAAGAGCAUCUAUCUUGCCAUGGAGUACGUGCCGGGCGGUGACUUCCGGACGCUCCUCAACAAUACUGGCGUGCUCAGCAACCGCCAUGCCCGAUUCUACAUUGCGGAGAUGUUUUGCGCCGUCGACGCCCUCCAUCAGCUCGGCUACAUCCACCGUGACCUCAAGCCCGAAAACUUCCUCGUCGAUUCCACGGGCCACGUUAAGCUGACCGAUUUCGGGUUGGCUGCUGGCAUGCUAGCCCCUGCCAAGAUUGAGUCGAUGCGGAUCCGGUUGGAAAAGGCAUCGGAGACGUCGGUUCCUUUUGGCAAGCCCAUGGAUCAGCGCACCGUUGCUGAAAGACGAGAGGGAUAUCAGUCGAUGCGCGCGAACGACAUGAAUUACGCCAAGUCCAUAGUCGGCUCUCCUGACUACAUGGCCCCGGAGGUGCUCCGGGGCGAGGAGUACGACUUCACGGUGGAUUACUGGAGUCUAGGCUGCAUGUUAUUCGAAGCGCUGACCGGAUUCCCUCCUUUCGCCGGUUCUACCCCUGACGAGACGUGGAGAAAUCUGAAGCAUUGGAAGGAGGUUCUGAAAAGGCCUGUUUGGGAAGAUCCUAACUACUUCCUGAGCAACCGCACUUGGAACUUCAUCACUACUUGCAUCAAUUCCCGGUCAAAACGCUUCUCCCGCAUCCAGGACAUUUACGGGCAUCACUACUUUGCCGAGGUAGAGUGGGAGACACUACGUCAGACCAAAGCUCCCUUCGUCCCCGAGCUGGACUCGGAGACGGACGCUGGCUACUUCGAUGAUUUUUCCAACGAGGCGGACAUGGCUAAGUACAAGGAGGUGCACGAAAAGCAACAGGCUCUGGAGGGUUUGGCGGAUCGCGAAGAAGAGAUGAGCAAGGGCCUCUUCGUUGGAUUCACGUUCCGGCAUCGCAAGGCGGCUACCGAGGAAGGAAGCCCUCGCAAGCCCAACCCGUUCCGAGAGGAGAGCGACACCUUUGGCACGAUGCUGUAG